UAUUUUUCAUAUAUAAUUCAUAACUUAACUUAAAUCAACAAAAUAGAUUCAAAUCAGAGAGACUUUACUUGUGUAUAUGUAUAAUGGAUGCUUUGUUGGCGACGUUAACACUCGUGGCAUUGAUAGCAGUGAGCGGGGCAAGCUCCACGUGUUGUAAGAACGGCUGGCUGCCAUACAAGGGUUCAUGCUACUAUUUCUUUGACGAGAACCUUCUCAACUGGAACGAUGCCUUGACAUUUUGCAAGAACAAGGAUGCUGAACUGGUCACUGUAGAAACAGCAAAUGAGAACCGAUUCCUCGUGCAUUUUGCAGGGAAGCUUUUCCGCAACACCACUCAUAGUCGGGUGAACACAAUGUUUUGGCUUGGAGCGAGUGACGACGACAUUGAAGGAAUAUGGAAGUGGGUGGCUACAGAUGAGGAGCUGAACUUCGAGAAUUGGGAUGUUAGCAACAACCAGCCUUCCAGUAUCCAUGACAACCACGAGGAUUGUCUGGUUAUAAAAGGUGAAUACGACUUCAUGUGGCAUGAUGUGGAGUGUGAUGCUGAGCAUGGCUUCCCCUUGUGUGAAAUGCAAGGCACUAGCACAGGAGGUACGAACCCGCUCUCUGCUAUUGGAUAGAUUAGUCUUAAAUGUACAGGUAGAUUGACAAAAUAAAAAAAGAUAACAUUGAUAACA